AUGCUGUCGCAUGUGGCUGCAUCAAACUGGAGAACGGCGACUUUGCGCACGCAGACUCACCGAAUGUUGGCUGCAAAACGGGGCAGCAGUGGCCGGGAUGAAGCGUCCCAGCGCGAUGGAGGCACAAUGACAUGGCAUGUCAGUUCUGCUGGACGUGUCCGUUCUACCCGUGAUUCCAUCAGCUUUGGCACUUUGCAGCGUUCAGGAUACAGAGCCGUAUGGAUCAGCGGCCACAACUUUCUCGUCCAUCGUCUCGUAGCCGUUGCAUUUCUUGGCCUGCCGCCUACGGCCGAGCAGUGGCAAGUGAACCAUCUUGAUGGUUGCCGUUCGAACAACCACCUCAGCAACCUACAGUACGUGACCCCACGACAGAACGUGCACCAUUCUUGGGCAGCACGCCACAAUCGCCGGAGCAAAGUAGGAGGGUCUGCCACACCUGUCCUCGGGCGCAUGUGCGGAGCGGAGAAGUGGUCAUCGUUCCCCUCGCAGAGAGAGGCAGCAAAGGCCUUCGAACUUUCUGCAGUCCAAGUCUCUCAGUGUUGCCGACACAUGAUUGCGAGAUGCCGCAGUGGUGGCGAAUGGUCUGAGUUCAAAUACGCGCACGGUCCGACGGCAGAGGCUGGGGAACGAUGGGAAGAUGCCAAGUAUGCAUACAAAUCAACCCUCUCUUCAGUUCCUGGGCUCAUGGUGAGUACCCACGGCCGUGUCUGGUUCACAGACAACAACCGCGUGUCAUUAGGAUCUCUCCGGCGCGAGGGGUACCUAAAAGUGCACCGUGCAGGUCGCCAUCUCUUGGUACACCGGCUGGUGGCAGCAACAUUCAUUGGCCAACCAGAGUCUUUGGGGUUUCUCGUGAAUCACAUAGACGGCAACCCGACAAAUAAUUGCUUGAGCAAUCUGGAGUAUGCUACACCAUCGCAAAACAUGCAGCAUGCGCAUUCUCUCAGGCAAAGGACAAAGGCGCAGCGAGGAAGGGCUGUGCAGGCACGUCACGACAGAGAUGAGCAGUCCUGGCAAGUCUUCCCAACAAUCCAGGCUGCAGCUUUGCAUACCGGUGUCAGUAACAGCAAUAUAUCGAAAAUUUGCAGAGGGCAGGAGGCUCCUCCUUCGGACUGGGAGUUCAGGUUUCACGUGGAAGAGAGCCUGCAGGAUGAAGAGUGGCGGCCGGUGGUUUUGGAAGGAGCUCGACUGUUGGAUAAGCCGAGCAGCCCCAGCCUGGCGCAUCAUUUUCCGCUCCGGUUGUCAGCAGCAUUGGCACGGUUCGACCACGUCGAUGAGUCGCAGCUGCGAAGGGUGCUGUUGACCGAUGGUGAUCCGGAGGUCGUCCGCGUCCUGGAGACUUCCCUGCAGCUGAACAAAGGGUCUUUCGAGGAGUCGCUGGUGGCCGUGCAACAAGUGCUCUGGGACCGAAUGGAGCAGUGGCCUCCCCGCCACUCCUUCGAUCUGGUCAUCGGAGCCGAUGUUGUUUAUCUCGAGGACCUUCACUGGGCCUUACUGGAGAUGAUGCUGAGAGUGCUACGACCAGGAGGCCAGUUCCUGCUCUUCGCCUCGCGCCGAAAUGGCUCGCUGGAGAAGUUCCUCUCAACGGCCAAGUCGGUUUUCGGCACCGUGGAGGUUUCGACGGAGUACGAUGCGGACGUAGAGCAGGCCAUUGGGCGAAGUUCCAAGUGCUUCCCGGUAUUCGCGAAGCUGUCCGUGCCCGCGGAGGAGGCCGAAGACACGGAGGCCGUUCAGGAGCUUCGCCGGCAGUUUGCCGAACGUCAUGCAGCCGAGCAGCUGAAGGCCGAACGUUCUGAGCGUCGGCGGGCGAAGGCACAAGCAGCUCACCGUGCAAGGAGCCAAUCCCUGUUGGCAAGACGUGAACGUCGACGGCAGGCUCAGGAAGAGGAGGCAGCGCUGCCUCCGCCUGUGCCGGAGCCCCCGGAAGCGCCUUUGCCGCGGCAGCCGCUUCGUCCGGCAGCUGAGAUCGAAGGACGGUCUGAUUGGGGCCUCUUCGACCGGCAGUGUGUGGACCAUGCAGAGUUCAAGGAGUUCACCUACGACUGCGACGGCCACAAGUUGCGCCUGCGCCGGACGCCCGCCUCGCCUCGGAUCUCUGCUGCGGCAGAAGCGCUGACAUGCUGGGCGCUCCGACACCCGCGAUGCUUUCGCAGGCGCCGAGUCUUGGAAGUGGGCGCUGGCCAGGGCCUCCCUGGCCUCAUCGUUGCUGCCAGCAUGGAAGCCAAGCACGUCGAGCUUAGCGACGGGGACCCGGCGGCGGUCGAGGCUCUUGCCGAUGCUUUGAAGUUGAACGAAGACUCCUUGCAAGCAGACUCCACUGCUGCGUCCCGGCUGUCCUUCGGCGAGGUGCCGACAGGGAGGAAGUUCGACUGGAUCAUUGCCUCGGACAUCCUCGAAACAAAGGAUCAGCACUCUUCUUUGCUUCACAGUCUCCGGAAGCUUCUGAAGCCCAACGGCGGGGUCGUCGUCGUGGGCUCCGGCGCAGCCUUCGAUGCCUUCACUUCGGUGGCCGGCGGUAUCUUUGCUCGUGUGCGUGUGACGAGGGACUACAACGACAGGGUCAACAAGUUCUUGCCUCUCGCCUCGCGACCGAAGUUGGCCGUCUUGCGGCGGCCACCUGCGGCGCGGGCCAAGCGCAAGGCUUCGAAAGCAGGACGCACCUCCGAGCGCCAGGCUGGCGGAAGUGUCGCAAAGUCAGCAAAAGGGGAGGCGGAGCAGGAGGAGGACGAAGGCGACCCGGACCUCGAGGACGAGGACAUGGAGGAUGCAGACGAGGGCCAUCCGACAGAUGAAGGCGAAGAGGCGGAGGAGGACGACGAUGCCGAGGAGGACUGCGUCGCAGAUGCCCAGAAUGAGCUGGCAGCCACCGAUGCAGACAGCGCGGAAGACGAUUGCGAGGAGGUUAUCGCCAUCAUCGACCGAAGCGUCCGCGUCGUGCGCGAGGAUGCAACUGCCAAGGCAGAAGCCCAGAAGAAGGCCGCGGGCGCUCCGUGGCAACCACCAUGUCCUCCAGGACAACUUCGGAGGAGGAUCUUGGCACAGAGAGGAAGGCAGAGCGCUGCUCGGCGCUCGCCGGAUGAGGCCGCCACGCCAAGGACGGAGCCUGGGCUGGGGAGCGGCUCUAGUCGUCCUGGGACGCCGCAACGAACGGCACACGACUCUGAGUGCCGCAGAUGCGGCUAUCCUGGACCUCCAUCCAGCAGUGCGCCAGGAGGCCUCGAGCUUUGUGGCACCGCCCUGCGGCCGCUGAUCCGUCGGGCGCAGUCCAUGCCUCUUCGGCGCGGAUGUCUCACACCUCUGCCGAAUGAGUCCUAA